AUGGUAGAUUUUGGCUCCAACGACACACUUUCGCUUGCCUCCUCAGGAGCACUACGCCAAGCCUUUCUCGAUGAACUUGCCCAACAUCCUGAUUUUGAAAUUGGUAGUCGAUCCUCGCGGAUUCUUGAAGGGACUACCCAGUACCUUCUGGACCUGGAGAAACACAUGGCUCAAUUUCACCGAGCAGAAUCUGCACUGUUUUUCCCGUCUGGAUAUGAGGCCAAUGUAGCCAUCUGGUCGACGAUUCCCCAGCCUGGUGAUGUUGUCGUAUACGACGAGUAUAUCCACGCUAGUAUUCAUGAUGGAAUGCGCCAGGGAAGAGCAAUGACUCGGAUGUUUUCUCAUAAUAGCUGUGCAUCCCUUCGAGAGUGCCUAUUGAACAUAUGCCAGACAGACCCCACCGUGGCAAACGGAGAACAAAGGGUGUUCAUAGCUCUCGAAUCGUUUUACAGCAUGGAUGCCGACAUGGCACCUGUGCAUGAAAUGUUAAAGCUGACGAAAGAGAUCCUGCCCCAUGGUAACGCGAUUUUCUCGAUUGAUGAGGCCCAUUCUAAUGGCGUGGUUGGCGAAAAUGGAUCAGGCUACAUUUGCCACUACGGUCUCGAGAAUGAAUUUCCCAUCCGACUGCACACGUGUGGAAAAGGACUCGGCUCAACAGGAGCAGCUGUUGUACUUGCUAAUCCCGCCAUCCGUUCUUAUCUGAUCAACUACGCGAGGGGCCUGAUAUUCUCUACGGCACCAGCAUUUCCAUCGUUGGCGGCCGUGAAAGGAGGGUACAACAUUCUGGCCAGCAAGGAAGGCAAGGAGCGUCGCACUCGUCUACAGAAUAAUAUUCGCCAUUUUUAUGAGAAGCUCACUUGUCAUUCAAAAUGGGCGAAAUGUGUAUUCGGCGGGAUCCUCAGCCUCCCUACGGAGAAAACCUGGGAUACUGGUCCAUAUCUUGUCCCUAUUAUCCCACUUAUCACGGAUCUUGGACAAGCAGCGAGCCUUGCUCAGAAAUUACAGGACGCUGGUUAUCAUGUGAAUCCGGUGUUCUUCCCUAUCGUGCCUCGAGAAAAGGAGCGAGUCCGGUUGGUUAUGCAUGCAGACAACACCACAGCUCAGAUUGACGAGAUUGUGGACUUAAUAAUGGACUGGUCGAUGGAACGUCUUGCGGGCCAGCUCGGGAAACCAGCUAGUCUUGUGUGCGGUGGGGACAUAUAUCAGAACACACCUUUUUCCGACUGA